CAGCACAGACUUGACCAGAGACUGAAGCAAAUAUUCUCGUCUUUUAUUUCCAAAUCCCGUCACUGCUACUCGUUAAAUGGACAAUAAAGUUAGACCAGGUCAAGAAAAUAAGAAAUGGAAGCAAGUCUUUAAAAACUCAAGGUUGUGGGACGCUGAAGAAAAAGAAGCGUAUUGUCCGAUCAUAAUAAAGCUUAUUGGAUCCAUUCCUCUUAGGAGCAAGGAAUUCUUCUAUGUUCAAGAAUUUUUCGAAGAUUUAAAGCAAUUUCUGAAAGAGACAGGUUGUCUUCUUGACUACAGCGAUCUCAAAGAUCAAAAAGGCAAAGAUGACAGAUAUGUAAAUCACUUUAUGUCAAGUAAUCAAGCGAUAAUCAAAGAAGUAAAAAUGAAAUUACCUGAUAAGAAUAUAGCCACAUGCAUUUUUUUAUGCAACGCCGAUGCAAGUGACCAAAUAUUUGAACAAGAUCGCAAAGAAGCUGUUGUUUUGUUGAAGGGUUCUGGGGAAUACAUUACUAACCUCUCUGAAGUAACCAAGAAAAGAGAGCGAGUAAGCAAUUUGCAGACACUAAACAUUAGCAAACGAAUGAAAAGUGAAAAGAUCGCAGAAGUCAUACUGAAGUCCUUAAAACAUACCAAUAGAUUUCAAGCAGACGACCAAAUGUUUCUUCAACUGUGUGUUUCCCUCAACAAAUUAAAUGUCGCCUUACAGCUAGGGCAACUCUCACGACUUGUCAUUCAUCAGAAAAUGACAGAUUAUGAUUUAAAGUGCAAUGAAAAAGAAUCAAAGCAAUCAAUACAAGAGAAACGCGCCACAAGUUCGGGGCGGAGACAAGCUGAGAAAGAUUGCAAAGGAAUUUUGCUAAGUGUUCUUCGACUAAAGCGUUUUGACUUUUUGCGUUACAUGCUUCGUGAAGGCAUCAAUGAGAAACUUCUGAAUGAAGUCUUAGGCGAAUUUCUCUUGGAAAUCAAAAGGGAAGCAUUUCAAGUGGAUGAACAAACAGGCCAAGAAAAGAGAAAUAUAGUUUUUUCUGUACUCGCCAAAACCCUCAUGACAUUUGCUCUAAAAUCAAAAGUAAAGCCAUCGAAGGAAGAAGAUUCAGAAUCAUCAGCAAAGGUAACGUUGAUCAAUGUGUCAAGUCAAGAAGACAAUGAAUUACUUGACAUUAUAUGUCGAGUCACUAACCUGAACACUAGUGAGAAAGUGAGGAUCUAUUUAAGAGAGCUCUGUAAAACUGAGAAAGAGGAGAAGUCACAAGAAAUAAACUUAAAGCCAAUGACAAAAGAGAAUGAAUUCAAGAGAUCUACAGAAGAACUAGACAAAGAGGGCUCUAGGGAGGCAGACAAAUAUAAAAUAGAAGAAAGUUUUGAGGACAAACAAUUAGCCCUGCACUUUAUAGUGUCGCUGAUGUUUCACCACUUGGAGUUGUCCACCAUCAUAUGGAGCAAAGUGAAAUCAUCCACAGGUGCAGCUCUAUUUGCGUUUGGUCUUUUAAAAGCAAUAAGAAAAGAGUCCACAAGUGAAGAGCAUAGAGAGACGUUGCUCAAGUACAUGAAUAUAUAUAAAGAGUACUCUAUUGGUACACUGGACAGAACUUACAAGCAAGAUCCUGACAACACUAUUUACUUACUAGGCUGUGAAAUGAAGCUCUGGGGAUACAUUAACUGUAUCCAGCUAGCUCUAAAACAUGGCAACAUAACAUUUUUAUCUCAUCCAGCUUGUAAAAUACUGAACGAAAGAACUUGGUACACAGGAACACACAAGAACGAAGAAGAGAAUAAAAUAAAAAAGAUGGGGGGAAUUGAGGAAACUAAACAGUUUACCAACAGAGCGACGGAAACAAAUAAGCCAUUAGCAAAUGGGUCGAUCCAAGCAAGUAAACAAUUAGUCAAAGGAGCUACUGAAGCAGAUAAACUAUUAGCCAAUGGAGCAACUGAAGCAGAUAAACUAUUAACCAAUGGAGCGAUUCAGACAAGUCAACUAUUAACCAAUGGAGCGAUACAAUCAAAUAAAACUUUCAACAAUGGAUCAAACUUAACAAACAAACCUGUAUCCAAUGUAAGAAAAGAAUCAAGUAAAUCAUUAAACAAUGGAGCUACCCUAACAGAGGAAGGAAAAGAAACCAAUAAAAUGAAUGAAAUACAGAAGCCAAAAGAUAUUGACGAAACGACCAUACCAAGUGUCAGUGUAGAAACUAAAGCAAGUGAAAACUUAAUCAAAGUAGAAAAUAAAGAGAAUAACUUCAAGGCCAAUACAGAAACAAAAGCGAACACGCGAGAUACAUCAAGUAAAGAGAACGAAGCCAGAAAAGACAAGCUCAGAGAGUGGCUCUCUCCUUCAGUCAUUUUUAUGUUUCGAUAUACAAGCUUUUUUGUUUUCCUAUUUAUAUAUGCCAUCUUCCUUAUCUGUGUGUUGGAGGUAGAGCGAUUCCAUUGGUCGGAAUGGUUACUUCUGCUUUGGGUUGCCAGUAUGGCCGCAGAACAAAUAAAUCAGAUAUUGAGGAAUGAAAUCAAUUUGAUUCGAGGACCUGUAGAUUUGAACGUAUUCGCUUGGCUGGAGGCUUUUGCUAUACUACUCUUCUUGCUUGCUUGGUUACUUCGACUCUUUGCUUAUCUCAACCCUUCCAGCAGCAACAUGAUGAACUGGGCAAGAGCCGCGUUUAGUGUGGACUUUAUGGCAUUUACUGUCUCAGCCUUAGAACUCUGUUACACCAUCAAGUUCUUGGGGCCGCUGUUGCUCAUGAUCAUACGAAUGUUGAAAACUUUGCUCCAAUUCAUUAUCAUCGUGAUGGUCAUUUGUUUUGCCUACUCCGUCGCCUCAGAGUCAGUGUUGUAUCCCCAAUCAAGAUUAUCUCCACAUUUAAUCUUCUUUGUUAUGAGAAAAGCUUUUUGGGCGAUGUUUGGAGAGUUUAAUUUAAACGAACUUGAAGAUCAAGGUACAUCCUGCACCAAUGAUCCAGACGUCUACAAUAACUUUGUUCUAGACAGAUGCCCAACAAAAGCUGGUCGAUAUUAUGUCCCUCCCCUGCUGGGCAUUUAUUACAUCAUCGUCAACAUACUGCUCUUUAAUCUUCUUAUUGCUAUUUUAAACUACAAGAUUGAGCCAGUCGCUUUAAAAAGUAAAGAAAUUUGGCAACAUCAGACUGUUCAGCUAACAAUUAAAUACAGCAGAGUUAUCUUUCUUCCACCGCCAUUCACCCUGCUAGCGCCUUUGCUUUGGUGGUGUCGAACUCAAGAAAGUUAUGCUCCAUUUCCUCAAAUUCCUGACAAGACUAAACGAGAAGAACUCCAAAGACUUGAAGUAGAGAAACAGUUUGCUUAUCUGCAGAGUCAAAAUGUGCACAACACACCUUUAACAGUCAAGUGCAAUGGGUAUAUCUAUUGUCCGCAUAAAGAGAAAUCAACAUGGCUUCCCAUUCAUGGCUCUGUAACAACAUCAGAAGUCUCUCCAAAAGCAGAUGGUAUAUUGAAUAGAAAUCGAAGGCCACAGUCGUCAAAACGUUACUUUGCUACGCGAGUGAAUUACAGACAUGGUAUACAGUGGAGGGUAGUUGGUAUCAAGAAAUCCAACAGAGACCAUGAGAUACACAGUGCUUCAAGUUACUCCGUCAACUCACUAGAUGAACAAACACAAGCUAUUAUAUCGGAUCAAAUGACAUUUGUGAAUAAACAAAAUAAUAGUUGAAGUUCACUUAACAGAUCAUCCACAUAUUAUCACUUAAAUAUUAAUGCUAAUAAAUAUGUAUUUAAUGUGCUAUAUGAGAACGAAUAAUAAAAAUAAGAAUGUAAUAUACAUACACACAUACACACACACAUAUAUAUAUAUAUAUUUUAAUUAUCUAAGACUCAAAGCCCUUGAGGAUGUCAAUGUUAACAACUGUUUAGAAUUAGCGAUUUCUAAAGAGCAAGUUUGUAACAUUUUCAAAAACGUCAACCCAAUGAAAUCUGGUGGGCCUGAUGGAAUAAAACGGCGAAUCUUAAAAGAAUGUGCUGAACAGCUAGCUGAACCUUUCCAAGAUAUUUUUUCUACUUCAUUACUAAACCAUGAGAUACCACCUGUGUGGAAGUCAUCUAUAAUUGUACCUGUGCCAAAGGUUUCCAAACCGAAGGAAAUGAAUGACUAUAGACCUGUUUCACUUACUUCCAUUGUGUCUAGAUUUUUAGAAAAAUUGGUUAAAAUGUUUCUUCUGAAUGAUCUUUGUAAUAAGUUAGACCCUUUACAAUUUGCUUACCAAAAGGGUAAAGGUGUAGACGAUGCCAUCCUAAAUAUUUUAAACUGUGUCUACAAACAUCUGGACUUACCGAACACUUAUGUAAGAUUGUUCUUUAUUGAUUUCUCAUCAGCUUUUAACACUAUACAACUUCAUUUACUCAUUGAUGAAAGCGUUGCAGAUUAGUGCAUACAUAAUACUAUGGGCUAAUAAAUUUUUGACCCAGAGAGCUCAGAGGGUUAGGGUAAACAAUGUUAUAUCUAAUGAACGCAUAGUUAACACAGGGGCGCCCCAGGGGGCUGUGACAUCGCCAUUGUGGUUUAUUUUGUACACCAAUGAUUUUUAAUCCGAUAGUUCUUGUUGCUCCUUCACAAUAUUCGCUGAUGAUUUAAGAAAAAUUUCCUUACGGAUAAUAAAGAUUAUUAUUAUGUUAGAAAUGAACGAGUAGUCAUUCUCUGGCGCUGCCAGGGUCGAGUUUCGCUAAAGAGAAACAAAAUUCAUCGUAGUCCCUUUAACAGUUUCCACUGAGGAAUUUUCUGGUGAUGUGGCAGGUCUGCAGCAGUACCGCCUUCUGACAGGCAACGAAGAUGUUCCUAGGAAUGUUAAGGGCCUUGAAGGUGUCUGUGAGGUCAGUUGUUAUUAUCCCCUCGGUUGAUAUAACAAUGGGGUAUAUUGUUAUUUUGGACAAUUUCCAUAGACGCUUAAUCUCCAAGCCUAGGUUCCCAUAUUUUCUUUGUUUUUCUGUCUCAGUUUUUCUUAAAUUAUGAGACAGUGGUACGGCGAUAUCGAUAAUGGUAGCGGUUUUUUCUUUUUUAUCGAUGAACAGCAGAUCCGGGCGAUUGAAAUCUACCGUUUUGUCGGUCAGAAUAGGCCUAUCCCAGUACAGCAGAUGUUCAGUAGACUCGAGAACCUCUUGCGGAGAGUAUUUAUAAUAAGGGGGAGUGUCCUUACCGAUCAAUUUGUACGUCAAAGCCAGGUGUUGGUGUAUUAACUUUGCAACUUGGUUAUGGCGACCUAGGUAGGCUGAUUCUGAUAGGGCUGGACAUCCUGCCAUAAUGUGUUCAAUCGACUCGCCCACAUUUCCACAUUUUCGGCAUUUGUCGACAACAUUGAGUUUCAGGAUAUGCUUCUCGUAAUUUUUUGUCCUGAUUACUCUGUCCUGUAUUGCUGUAACAAAGCCUUCUGUUUCAGGGUAGAGAUGACCUGCUUUGAGCCAUGUUAAGGAAGCAGCCUUGUCGAUGUUGUCCCCAUGUAAUGAAGCCGGAAAUUUUCCGUGGAGUGUUUUUUCUUCCCAUUGGCGAAUCUCAUGCCCUACGUCGUCCAAACCGAUAUUGACAUCAGCAUUGUGUAGGUUCAGAGGGGUUGCAUCGGAGUCGUAUUUCCGUAGGAAGGAAACUAAUUUAUUGCUGGAGGCGAGCAGUUUUGAUCGUAUUUUUAAAACUUGCAUCUUACACAAUUUGAAGAUGUUCUGCAAUCCACGACCCCCAUCCUUCCUGGGCAGGUAUAACCUUAUGGUGGAGGACUUGGGGUGUAGACAUCGAAACUUGGUUAGUAAUUUUCUAGUGAGUCUGUCAAUGUCAUGUAGGUCGGUGUCAGUCCAUUUGAUCACACCGAACGUGUAAAGGAGCACAGGAACGGCCCAGCUGUUAAUUGCAGUGAUGAGAUUACUGCCAGACAGUUUGGUGUUGAGGAUUUUAUUAACUCUUUGCCUAUAUUUGCCAAGAAAGUCCUCUUUUAAUUUCUUAUGGUUUAUCUUGGCAUUCUGGUUUAUUCCAAGAUAUUUAUAAAUAGAGGCGGAGUUCAAUUCCUCGAUGCCUUCAAAUUCAAUGUUGGUGUUCGUUGCCUUGCCCUUUUUAAUGCUUAUGAUGCCACACUUAUCCAGGCCAAAAGACAUACAGAUAUCGUCACUAAAGCAUUUUACCGUUUUGAUUAAGGUGUGUAAUUUUUGCUCGGUUUCUGCAUAUAGCUUUAGAUCAUCCAUGUAUAAUAAGUGGGACACACAUUUUGUACAUUUAGUGUCAACCCUAAAACCGUUUGUAGAGUCUUGGAGUAAUGUAGAUAGAGGAUUAAUCGCUAGGCAGAACCAGAGUGGAGAUAGUGAGUCACCCUGGUAUAUACCUCUUCUUAUGUGCACAGAACCUAGUUUAUCACGAUUUAGGUGCAGGUUUAUCUUCCAAUUAUCCAUACAGACUUUCAAUAGUUGUUUUAUUCUUGGGUUGAUUCUAUGGAUGUCCAGGGUUUUUAAUAGCCAAUCAUGCGGAACUGAAUCGAAAGCUUUUUUGUAGUCGAUGUAACACAUGUGUAAAUUUCUCUUUCUUCUAUUAGCUUGAUGCAAUAUAAUACCAUCUAUAGUUAGCUGUACUUUACAGCCCAUCGACUCUUCAAUGCAACCUUGUUGUUCAUCUGCUAGUAGCUUAUGGGCAGAACUAUUAUUAUUAUUAUUAUUAUUAUUAUUAUAGAUAGAUAAAGAUAGAUAUAGAUAUAUAGAUAUAAUUUUUAGAUACAUGAUUUAAAAGAUUGUUUUUCUAAUGUAUAAACAGAAAAUUUGCAAUUUAUUAAAAAUUAUUUGCUAUUUAUUAAAAAUGUAUUAUUAUAAUAAUAUAACUGAAAUCUUAUUUGUGUAGGCCUUAUGAAAAUGUAGAUCGUAUAUCCCGAGUUAUAGUGACACGAAACAUAAUAUUAAAUGUUGAUGAUGCACACAAGAAUGUGUGAUGCAGUAUCUUGUUUCAAAAGCCAUCUCCAUAAAUAGGUGUGUGUGUGUGUGUCUGUGUGUGUAUUAGUCUGCGAUGCGUGUGUGUAUGUGUGUUGACUUCACUAUGUUUAAUGAAAUUGGAUUUUUUGUUUAACUACAUCUAGUUUUCAAUGUUGAAUUUUCUUUUAUCGUGUAUGUUCAUUCACAUACUAACUGCUUGUAUAGAAAGAGAAUUCUUAAACUCUG